AUGAUUGUUAGAGAUAACUAUAGACGAGUAUUUUUGGUACUAUCCAUUAUAUCUUUAAUAUUAUCAGUUAGUUUAGGUUAUGUAUCUGCUCUGACUUUUGACCAAAACGAAUAUGAUAGUGCAAUAUGGAUAAUCAAACAGUAUCGUUUACUCGUGCCGAUGGAUACAGAGUUGUGUAGUAGUGUUGUAUUUGAGUGUAACGAAUCAUCAUCACCUGCUCAUAUUACUUCAAUUGUUAUUGAUAAAACCUAUAAUUCACUUGGAGCACCAGGAUACAUAAGUGCUCUCUCCUUUCCACAGCUGAACCAACUUUAUAUCGGCUUUUCACAACCUGUUACCGUUGAAGACCCAUCACAAUCUAUUAUCAACCAUGUUGCAAACUUUGCCAGUCUUACUAUUUUACGUCUUGAAAACGAACCAACUGUCACUACGAUUCCAACCAAUAUAUCGACACUUUCAUUGUUGGAUACUAUUUCAAUCGUUGGCGAUGGUGUAACUUCUAUUACAAAUCUUUUUAAUAAUAGCAAGGCAACGACUAUUAAGCUUUCUUCCACUGCAUUGACAGCUCUAACUAUUGAUGGAUCACUCUAUCUACCAAAUGUCACCAUGUUAACAAUCACCAUGGCACCAUCUGGACCACUCACAUUUACAUUGCUUCAAAAAUCAUUCCCUCGUCUCAACUAUUUGAUCUUUACGGGUACGACCAAUACAUCUGUUACAUUUUAUCAUAACCUAACAAAUGGUGGAGCUUUAUCAUUCUUGGGUAAAAAUAGUACUUAUACAAUCCAUGUUCAAGACCCAACUGAUAUUCAAUUCUUGACCAUUAAAGGGAGGAAUAGUAAUGUACCAGAUGUAACAAAUUGGAAUCAACUCUCAGGUCUCACAGUUGAGAGUAAGAUGUUAACUACUUAUCCGUUCACAACCUUUCCACCUGCCAUCUCUUCAAUAACCUUUAGUAAUUCCAAUUUCACAAAGAUUCCCAAUAUCCCAUACCCCGACACUUUAGAUUCAGCUUAUUAUGAUAAUAACAAUUUACAAGAAGAUGUAGAUUUUGAUUUCCUAUUACAAAAUAUGCGUCCUAAUUUUGUUUUGAAUGUCCAAUACAAUCCACUAUUCAGCACGCCUCUCAACACUUCCAGAGUUUGCAAUAUUUAUAUGUUCCUUUAUGCCUUUACUGCCAUUUCACCAAUUCCAGACUGUCUAUCUUGUUACACAAAAUUUACAAACCAACAACCUCCACCCCAACAAUUUGCUUGUGAUAUACAACUUACAAGUACAACAGGUAUGGUGUUGAUUUUUGGAAAUUUUCCUGUUACCGUUGUAGAAGUUGGGUUUGUCAUUAAACAAACCACAAUCAAACAACUUCCAUUUAACAAGGCCAUUGUGAAAAUGUCCUAUGAUUUCGUCAACUAUGAUCAAUACCCCUUUGGUGGCAUCAUCGACUUUAUUCCAUCAAUUAGCACAUAUGAAAAUAGUACAGGUACUUCUGCAUUCUCUUUUACUGGUCUUUCAUUUGGAGUUCUAAAUAUGACCGUUCACAAUUCUUAUUAUCUAGUAUACCAUGAAAUUAUUUAUUUACAAGAAAGAGUAGCACAUGAUGAUGAAUAUGUUAGUGUAGGAUCAAUCAUUAAAUUAAUUGGUAAUUUUGGAACAAGUCUUCAACAAGCAUCGGUUACUAUUCAAAAUGUGGUGCCUGGUCAAAACAGUCAAUCAAUUUGUAAUAUUGUUGACAUUUCUGAAACAUCUAUUAAUUGUACAUUGGCUGCCCAAAUGACUGGUGGUAUGGUUACCUACAAUGUCACUGUCGAUGGAUAUUCAAAUACCUAUACAUUCCAAUUACUGACACUCCAAUCUCAAUGCCAGAUUUUAACAAAAUCUUGUCACGGAAAUGGUGUUUGUACUCCAAAUGGAGAUUGUAUAUGUAAUAUCAAUCAAGGUGGUUAUUAUAAUAAUUGUUCAAAAUCAUAUCCAGUUGUAACAUCUAGUGUUGUAAAUGAUCAAAGUACAACACAAAGAUCAAUUAGUUUAAUGGGUGAUUUUGGACCAUUUGGACAAGCUGGUAUAUCCAUCAAGAUCAACAACACAAUGAAUUGUAUUGUCAAUGCUGGUGAGACUUCACAAACCAAUGUAAAUUGUACACUCGAGUCAUCACCUACACAAUAUGGUCUUGCAUCUGUUCAGUUGGAUUUGAAUGGGUUCAUGUUUGAUGGUAAAAGAUUGGUUCGUUUUAUUAAUCCUUCUUCUGGUGGUACAACCACAUCAUCUACGACAUCUACCCCAACAACUACUACAACUACCACUACAUCAAGUACAUCUGGAGGAAAUCCAAAGACACCACAAGAAAUAUGUGAAGAGUCAACAAGAAAUUGUUUUGGUCAUGGUUAUUGUGAUGAAAAUGGAAAAUGUCAAUGUGAACCAAAAUAUAAUCCAGUUGAUAAUUGUCUAACUCAAUUUACUGAUAAUUCAACAUUUACACCAAAUACAACAUCACCAUCAUCAAAAAUAGAUGUAGAUGGAGUAGAAUUUGGAUUUGAUUUGGUUGCCAUUCAAGAAAUAGGAUUGGAUAAUGAAAUUGUAAAGGAGUUAUUGACCAAUAAUUGGAUGACGAAUAUAACUUCCAACAAUUCACUACUUGUUAGUGCAAGCUAUCAGUUGGUGAUUGCUAAUGAAAGUGUGUUGGAAGAUACUUUGGUCACAGUCAAUGUAUCCUUUUCUACACAAUCGAGAACGAUUCCAUUUGGUGGUCAAGUAUUGGUACUCGAUCCAAAUGCUAUAAAAUUGUCUGUUGGAGUAUCCAACUGGAUCUUUUCUUCAAACGUCGCAACACUCAGAGUAGUGUUAAAGUCAACUGUCAAUAUCCAACAAUCGAUUGAAUACGAAUGUCAAAAGACAGAUAUUGACACUUUUACAUACGGUGAUUAUGGAACACUUCAAUACCUCAGAGUACUCAAAGACAAUGUUCAAUUCAACGGUAGAUUUAUUGAUUUUGCAUUGGCAGAUGGUCGACCAACCUACUCACAAACACUACUCAUCAAUGAAACCCAAAUCAAUGAUCAAGAGUCAGUUGCCAUGAUUGGUGUUACUUUACCACAAUGUCAAACAUGUAUACUCGAUCCCGAUUUCACACCAUUACUAGUUGUCAAUGAACCAGGUGAUCAUUGUGAUAGUUCAAGUAACACUUGGAAGAUCAUUGUUGGAUGUGUAGUCGGUGGAAUUGGUUUGGUAGCUAUCGUUGUAGGAACAGUACUAUACACAAAGAAGAAAAUUAUCUUCAAUCGACACAAUAAGGCAAUGCAUGCUAAAUUAAAGAAAAUGGAAUCCAAUAAUCAAUAA